GCCCACACCAGUCCCUCUCCCCCCACGCCCCCAGGUAGGAUCUCGAACAAGCUUCGUGCAGUUGGUUGUGGUUGUGGUGGUCCCGCCUCCACAGUAGCCCGUCGACCCUCUGCAGAUCACUGUAUAGUUACACGACGCACCCCUCGUCGCGUCGUUGCAUCUCGCCUCGAUUGAGCCCACUUUGCUGUCUGCCCUUUCUAGUCGCCCCUCAAUUCACACCAGCCGUUCUGCCUCAUAGUCUCCGAAGGCCCACCCGCGAAGCAUGCUCUCCGACCUCCCCACGCUUCAGCAGCCUUGACCAAACACCGACUCCCUUGGAAAAGCGGACACGCGACCGUGCAACACAGCCCACUUUUUCCCCAGAGCCGCACAUAGCUUCCCCGCCGCAGACACGAGUCGCCUAUGGCGCAGGUCUUGCAGAUGCAAGCCGCGCCCGAGCUGGGGAAGACCCAAUUCGAACAGAAGAUGGAGGCAACCAGCGACCGAGAGCCGCCCACACCAGCGUCACCAGACAGCGGAGAGGCGCGAGGGCGUCGCCGUGAUAGAGAGGAUUCGGGCGAGGAUGGCGCAGAUGGCGAGCCAGGAGGCUCGAGGAAGAGGAGGAGAAGCAGGAAAGGGCUCGACAAGAAGUUUGAGUGCCCACAUGAGGGCUGCGGGAAGAGCUACUCGCGGGCUGAGCAUCUGUACAGACACCAGCUGAACCACAACCCCAAGCAAAUCUACAACUGUGAUUUCCCAGACUGCCACAGGUCUUUCGUCCGCCAGGACCUCUGCGCACGCCACAAGGAACGCCAUACUGCACGUGGCAGCCAGCUUCUUCGCAAAGACACCUUCAACCUGCACAACUUGAACCCAAUCGUUACCGCAGCGCUUGGUGGGAAGAACACUCCAGGCGCGAAGCCACUCAGCGCAAAGGGUGGACAGCAACUGCAGUCACCACCGUCGGCAGUAUCGAGCACUGCGACAGGAGGCCAGAUGUCACCUCCCUUUCAGUCUCCCGCUCCGAGCAGACAAGACUCACUGAACAGAAUAGGAAGCGUAGGGAGCGAAGAUGCGUACCGUAGUGGCCCUGACACUAAGCCUUAUGAAAUGCAGGCCCACGGCUCCAGUAGCUUCGCACCACCACCGCGUCCAGCCGCAUUGAGUAACUACAGUGGGGGUCGAAAUUCGCUCCACAACUCCCCACAUGUGGGUAACAACAACUUUCAACGGCCCGAGUUGCGCGCAUCAACGUCAAAUCUCUCAUCAUAUGGUACAGCCAGCUCGCCAUACAACUCAGCAGUCACGCCCACCCAGUCAUACACUCCUUCGGCGGCGCCGACAACCUACCAAAAUAGCUCAAAAUACCCUCAACCGACAGGCACACCUGUCUCGCAAAGUCAAGAUAGCCAGUACUACAACGGUACUUCCGGACAAGCACCAAUGAACGGUGUCGAGUCGACUGCGCAGCUAGUGAAUGGUGUUACAGACGCGAUUAUGGACCAAACACCAUCGUAUGCAAUUCCUAUGUUUGGUGGAGAAGGCUACAGCCGGUCUCCGUUCGCCAUGGCCGACGACUUCGCUGCGUGGCUGUUCAAUGAUAAUCAGUCCAUGCCUGGGGGUGGCUCGCCGAUGGCCUACGCAGGCGGAGUAGUGCCCGCAACCGGAGGCUCAGCUUCCAUUGGCCCCUUGCAAGCACCCUACUUCAACUACGAUCCUACGGUUGCAGGCUACAUGAACAACCAGCCUCCUCCAGCCAACCCAAUGGCUGUACACGCAAUGUUGGACACCUCUUUACCGGAAAUAGCAUUGUCCGAGGAGAAGCGCAGAGACUUGAUCGACCUCAUCAUUGGACGUUUUAACGAGACUGACCAUGCGCCUGUCAAGAAACAGAAAGAAGACAUCCUUGAGGGCAAUAAGGACGACGAUCAUCAUGUUCUCAGCUUACACAUGAUGCAGACCUACAUCAGCUCUUACUGGAGACACUUCCAUCCUCAGCUUCCAAUCCUACACAAGCCCACCUUCAAUGCAAGCACUUGUCCUGAUCUUCUACUGCUUGCCAUCAUGUGCCUUGGCGCAUCAUGUCUUGAGAAGACGUAUGGCCACGAGAUGACACAAGCUUGCGCCAAUCUGGCGAAUUUCAUGGCAUGGCACCUGCGCUGGGAGAUGUUCAUGGAUGCAGACUUCCGACCACCAGCUAAGCUUUGGAUCUUCCAAGGUUUGCUAUUGCUGGAGUCUUUCGAGAAGAUGUACAGUACUCGGCCGCUGCACGAGCGAGCACACAUUCACCACGCCACAACGUUGACAUUGAUGAGGAGAGGCAGCUCUCUUAUUGGAAGAUCAGCAAUGGACUCACCCCCAAGUAACAAGGACGGCAGGGGCAGCUCACAGGGUGGCAUUGACACACCAGACGAAUGGUGGAAGCACUGGAUCACGAACGAGGCUACUAGGAGAGCAGCGUUUGCGGCUUUCGUCAUGGACAGUAUACACGCUACCAUGUUUGGCCACAGCGCAGUGAUGGUCGCUCAUGAGAUGCGUCUGCCAUUGCCCUGCGACGAAGCUCUGUGGUCUGCAACAAGCAGUAGCGAAGUUGGCCGUGUCGAGGCAAGCUUACACUCAAAUGGUAUUAAGCAGACUUCCUUCUUGGAUGGUCUCAAGAAGACACUAAAUGGCCAGACCGUACGAACCAACUCGUUCGGACGCACAAUCUUGAUGGCUGGUCUGCUCAGUGUAUCAUGGCACAUGAACCAACGAGACCUCCAAGUCAGCUCGCUCGGCGUCACACAGGCUCUUGGUGGCCGCGACAAGUGGCGAGGAUCCUUGACCCGCGCUUUCGACUUCUGGAAGCAAGACUUCGACAGCUCACUCGCGCGCCCAAACGACCUCUCUGCACCCAACGCAUACACCUACUCCAAUGGCGUAGACGACGACAACGUCUUCGAAGCACGCACCGUCCUCCACCACCUAGCGCACAUGGCGAUGCACGUCGACAUUGUCGACUGCCAAAUCUACGCCGGCGCACCCCGCCUCCUCGGCCGCUCCAUCACCCCCCAAGACUACAACGGCGCCCAGCGCCGCAUGAAAGAGGUCUGGGCCCCGACCGCGCGAGCUCGAGAUGCGACCUUCUACGCCCUCCGCUUCCUCUCCAACGUCAUUGUCUCGGGACACCAUAGCCUCAACCAGUCCGCCGGACUUUCCAUUAGCUACUCCGCGCGUGACGACGUGCUGCUCAAUCGCCCUUGGGUCCUGUACUUUGCCACUCUCAUCGUAUGGUCAUACGGCUUUGCGCUCGAUGGGCCGAUAAAGCAGCCCUACCAGCUCAGCACGUAUGAUGAGAAGGUCAGGGAUAUGAGCGGCUACCUCAAGCGUGUUGGGGGCGUGAGGGCGCCGGAUGAUCUGGCCAAGUUGAGCGAUCGGAAUGCGUGUCUCGGGUUACUGAUUAUUAUGAGGGAUAUGUUUAAGAAGACGAGGUGGGAGUUGUUGCAUGAGGCGAGUACGCUGUUGACGAAGUGUAUUGAGAUGCUUGUCCCUGGUGCUGGGGGGAUGUAA